AUAUUCAUUACGAGUUUAAUACCAUAUAAAUUUCUUGGAAAAGCCUACAAAAUAAAAUUGUAUUUAUGACUGUUUUAAGGAUAAGAUGGAUUGUGUGUUAUAUUCUAUAUAACCCCGAGUCUCAUGUUGAAAAUGGUAACAAAACCAAAUUCAUUUAAAACGCCUCCAACAUCCAGAGGCAAUAGUCCAUCCAGAGGAAACACUACAAUUAGAAGUAGAAGCCCUUCUAGAAGUACCAACAAUAAUAGAGGUAUAAGCCCGUCAAAACAAAAAAACUCAACCAAUCCUAAAAAUGGUGAAAAAGAACCACCCUCUACUAGAACCGGUAGAUCACCCAAUAGAAAUCGAACUACGCCAAACGCUGGUACUCAAAGAAACGUGGGAAAGUCACCUGUCAGGUCAAGAGGAACUAGUCCCAGUAGCAAAAGUACUGCUUCGAUUAGUACUAAUGGUACUAUGGGAAGUAGUGAGGUGAAUAAAAGAUUUAGGAGACCUAGCGAAUCCGGAAGUAUAGAAAGGCUAGACGAAGAUAAUAAUUUACGGAGAAUAAUUACAAGCUACAAUCAGGACGGGGACAACAUUAAUGUGGUAGUAAGGGUAAGACCACUUAGUAAGAAAGAAAUAAAAAGCGUGGACAAUAAUGUGGUACAAUUUCCAGGCAAUGGACAAAUUUUGAUUACUGAUGUACCGGGUGGUUCAGGAGGCGGGCUCAAAACGAAAUUAUUUUCAUACAACGUUGUUUUUGAACCGGCAGCUACUCAAGAAGAUGUGUUGCAAUAUUCUGGAAUGAAGCGCUUAAUAGAAAUGGCAGUUGAAGGUUUCCGGUGUACCUGUUUUUGUUAUGGUCAGACCGGAAGUGGAAAAACACACACCCUUACUGGACCUCCUGGUUUGUUUGGACUGAAGAAAACACCUUAUAGUGAUGCACACGGUCUAGUGUUUAGAUCGUUCAUGUACUUAUUUCAGAAACUUCAAGAGCAACCUGAUAAGCAUUUUAUUCUUAAGGCUAGUUACUUAGAAAUAUACAACGAAAAGGUGAUAGACUUAUUAAAUCCAGGAAGUGCCAGAAAACCUUUAGCUGUUCGGUGGAGUAAAAAAGCAAGAGGUUUCUUUGUAGAAAAUUUAUUUACCGUUGAUUGUGAGGAAUUAGACGAUUUAAUUGCUGUUCUAGAAGAAGGUUUGAGGAACAGAUCGGUAGGAAGACACAACAUGAACGAAUAUUCCAGUCGAAGUCACACGAUACUGACAGUACACAUAACAUCGGAACAACCCGCAGAAAAUGGUGUUUUUAUUUCACGAACUGGAAAAAUUAAUUUCGUUGACUUGGCAGGAAGUGAAAUGACAAAGAAAACUCAGAGUGAAGGAAAAACUUUAGAGGAGGCGAACAAUAUCAAUAAAAGUCUAAUGGUUUUAGGCUAUUGUAUAUCUUCUUUAAGUGAUACAAAGAAGAAAAUAUGUCAUAUUCCUUACAGAGAUUCCAAGUUGACUAAGUUAUUAGCUGAUUCUCUAGCAGGGAACGGAGUUACUCUAAUGAUUGCAUGCAUUUCUCCAGCAAAAUCUAACCUUUGUGAAACAUUAAAUACCUUGAGAUAUGCUGCUAGGGCAAAAAGAAUUAGAACGAAACCUAUUGUUGUUAUGGAUCCACGAGAAGCUCUGAUCUUGAGUUUAAAACGUGAAGUGGAUGUACUGCAAAAUGAAAACGAACAUCUCAGGACAGCUUUGCAUGUGUAUUCCACGUCAAAUCUUUCAUCGGAUGAUAAAAAUGCAGGUUUAGAUAAUUUGAUUGGCCAUAGUCCACCUCACGUAGAUUUAGAGGAACUAGCUAAAAUGGAAGGUCACGAAUUGGUAGAACUAGUAAGGAUUUACGUAAAAGAAAACGAUAUUUUGCGUAAAGAAAAUGUGGAGCUGUAUUCAUCCAGAGACAUACUCCAAAGGGAUCAUGAACUUGUCUGUAGAGAAAACGAGCGGCUGUUGAAGAAGUUGGAAGAGUUAAAUCCUCCUCCAUUAUCAUCUGGCAGACAAACCCUAUCGGCAGAUGCUCUAAAUUCAAUAGAUGAUAACUCACCCACAACCAAUUUUUGGUCGAACUCAGAUCAAAAGAAAUCAACGGACACAAACAAAGAAAUGCCCGAAUUCAUACAAAAAAGAAUGGAUAAACGGUUAGGAAAUAGGGGUAAAGAUAUGAAUAUGACACCUAGGGGAAGGCCUAGUUCAUGGGACGACAAGCCCAAUGGUCCGAAAAUAGUGAGAAUUAAAAGUUCAAAGUCGGAUGACAGUUCGGGAAGUAGAAAUAAAGAACCAACAAAACAAAAUAGUUUACAGUCUGAAUUGGGUGAAUCUUCACAAGAAAGGAGAUUUUCGAUGGCCAAAGCGAAAGAAAUGGACAAAGAUGGCGUUUUUGGAAGCGCUAUCACUUUGACAGAUGAGGAAGACUUGUAAUUAUAUUAUUAAUGGAGCUUGGUUUCGUUUAAAAAAAGCAUUACCAUCAUAAACUAAAAUCUGUCCAGCGAGAGGAUACAUGACAUUGACAUUUGUUUCUGUCAUUUAGUUAUUACAGGUAAAUUUUAUUAUCUGUAAUUUUUUGGACGACGUCUGUCGAAAUCUUCCCCGACUCGUUGGACGGACUUUAGUAUCAUCUAUUUAAAUAUCAUCAAUUUACCAUAUUUGUUUAAAACAUAGAUAAAAAGAAACCUUCUUCUUUAAGUCAUGGAUUCAUUGCUGUAAUUAGGUUUAAAUAAUUUUAAUAAAUAAAAACAUAAAAAUUACAUCAUUUAUAAUUACUGUCAGUUUAUUGCAAACUUAUACAGCAAUCAAUGCAAUAUAAAAUACCGUACUAUCAAAACGUUUUAAAAAAUUCUAAAUUCAAAUGUAAUUUCUCAAAAUAAAUUGCUUACCUGUCAUCAUAUACGAAUGAAGUACGAUAGAAUAAAACAA